AAAGUUAGAAUAAGCAUUUCCCUUCUGAAUUCCUUCCAUCGUUUGGACUUUGGAGGCUCCCCAUUCCAACCAAACAACUCUCUUCCUCCUCAGAAUGGCUUUAGGUGGAGGAGGUCCCCAGAGAGGAAGUGCGGCAGCUACUGCCAGCAUGCGCAGGAGAAGAACAACAAGUUCUGGUACAUCUGGAGGGGCAGCUGGAACGAUGCUGCAGUUUUACACGGAUGAUGCUCCUGGACUCAAGAUAUCCCCGAAUGUUGUUCUCGUCAUGAGCAUUGGUUUCAUUGCUUUUGUUGCUGUUCUCCAUGUUAUGGGUAAGCUGUACUUCGUGCGAAGAGAAGCCUAGAGGGUUUGCCCCUGAUAAAAGUGUGAUGCAUAUUUAAAUUCAUGGUGGAAAAAUUUUAAUUUUGAACUGAACUUUCGUUUGUCAUGACAGUUAAAACUAAUUUGGAUUUUGUUACUAGUUAGAAUGAAAGAGUUGUUCUGUCCUUGUCUAAA